AAAAAAAAUAUCGCAUACAAAUGUAAACUUUACUCUUGAUUUUGCUGUAUAUCACAGAAUGUCCGCCAACAAGCAAAAAGUGAAUUAUCCAUUUUGGUAUGGUGGAGCCUCAAGUAUGGCAGCAUGCUUAGUGACUCAUCCUUUGGAUUUGGCAAAAGUUCGCUUGCAGACGGCUGCAACACCCGGGCAGUCAUUAUUCUCCAUGGUCUACCAAAUUGUGAGGAAUGAGGGCAUAUUUAAAAUUUAUUCCGGAUUGACUGCUUCUUUGCUCAGACAGGCAACAUAUUCCACUGUGAGAUUUGGUGCCUAUGAGUUCAUGAAAGAGUCUUACGAAGAUAAAUAUAAACAAGCACCAAACACUUUAAGCUUGUUACCAAUGUCCAUGUUAUCUGGAGCAUUAGGAGGCUUAGUCGGAAAUCCAUCAGACGUUGUGAACAUUAGAAUGCAAAAUGAUUCCACGCUUCCACUCAAAGAAAGGAGAAACUACAAAAACGCAUUCGAGGGGAUUUAUCAAAUCACGAAGAGCGAAGGUGUGUUGUCUCUUUUCAGAGGACUUACGCCCAACUUAGUAAGAGGCGUUCUCAUGACAGCCUCGCAAGUUGUCACUUAUGAUAUAGCAAAAAAAGUUUUGGUCGACAAUUUGGAAAUGGAUCCUACUAAAAAGUCAACACAUUUUGGUGCUAGUUUAAUUGCUGGUCUUGUUGCUACUACAGUUUGCUCCCCCGCGGAUGUUGUGAAAACUAGAAUCAUGAAUGCAAAGGGAAGUAGUGGUGGGGCUAUGUCAAUCUUGAAAGACGCAGUCAAGUCUGAAGGACCUGGCUUCAUGUUCAGGGGUUGGUUGCCAUCUUUCAUUAGGUUGGGCCCACAUACUAUUGUCACCUUUUUGGUAUUGGAACAAUUCAGAAAGUACAGAGUUGGCAUGUUCUGAAAGGAGCUUUAUAGAAUUUUACUUUCGACAUAAUACACCUAUAUUUCAUUGG